AUGGCUCUUGCUUCUGUGGCCAAGGUGGUGCUGGGCUCCAUCGCCUUCUGUGUGUUCUGGGUGCUGGCCGUGUUCCCGUCCGUGCCCUUCAUGCCCAUCGGCCGCACGGCGGGCGCCCUGCUCAGCGCCGUCCUGAUGAUCGUGUUCCACGUGAUCAGCCCCGACGACGCGUACGCGUCCGUGGACCUCCCCAUCCUGGGCCUCCUCUUUGCCACCAUGGUGGUGGGCAGUUACCUCAAGAACGCCGGCAUGUUCAAGCACCUGGGCACGCUGCUGGCGUGGCGGAGCCAGGGCGGCCGCGACCUGCUGUGCCGCGUCUGCGUCGUCACGGCGCUGGCCAGCGCGCUCUUCACCAACGACACCUGCUGCGUCGUGCUCACCGAGUUCGUGCUGGAGCUCGCCGCCGAGCGCAACCUCCCCGCCAAGCCCUUCCUGCUGGCGCUGGCCUCCAGCGCCAACAUCGGCUCCAGCGCCACGCCCAUCGGCAACCCGCAGAACCUGGUGAUCGCCUUCAACAGCAAGAUCUCCUUCCCCAAGUUCCUGCUCGGCAUCCUGCCCGCCAUGCUCGCCGGCAUGGCCGUCAACAUGGUCAUGCUCCUCUGCAUGUACUGGAAGGACCUAGACGGCAGCGGCAGCGGCAUGGACCUGGACGGCAAGCGGAUGGAGGCCGUCGAGGAGGGGGCCGUCGUCGUCGUCGAGCCGAGCCCCAAGCAGCAGCAGCAGCAGCUGGGCGGCAGCAACGGGUACAUGUCGCCGCUGAUGACGGAGAACAUCUCCACCAAGCACCCCUGGUUCAUGCAGUGCACGGAGCAGCGGCGGAAGCUGUUCAUCAAGAGUUUCGCCUACGUGGUGACGGUGGGCAUGGUGAUCGCCUACAUGGUGGGGCUCAACAUGUCGUGGACGGCCAUCACCACCGCCAUCGCCCUGGUGGUCGUGGACUUCCGCGACGCCGAGCCGUGCCUCAACACCGUCUCCUACUCGCUGCUCGUCUUCUUCUCCGGCAUGUUCAUCACCGUCAGCGGCUUCAACAAGACGGGGCUGCCGGCGGCCAUAUGGAACUUCAUGGCGCCAUACUCCAAGGUCAACAGCGUGGGCGGCAUAUCCGUGCUCUCUGUCAUCAUCCUGCUGCUGUCCAACCUCGCGUCAAACGUGCCAACAGUGCUUCUUAUGGGCGGCGAGGUGGCCUCGGCGGCGGCCCUGAUCUCGCCGGCGGCUGUGGUGCGGUCGUGGCUGCUGCUGGCGUGGGUGAGCACGGUGGCGGGCAACCUGUCGCUGCUGGGAUCGGCGGCGAACCUGAUCGUGUGCGAGCAGGCUCGACGGGCGCAGCGCAACGCCUACGACCUCACCUUCUGGAACCACAUCGUCUUCGGCGUGCCCUCCACCCUCAUCGUCACCGCCAUCGGCAUCCCCCUCAUCGGAAAGAUCAACAUCUGA